AUGCCGGGCCUCGAACUCCCCGACUACAGCAGGACCAAUAUAUGGCUAGCUGCCGCUGAGGACCGGAGUGAUCUCGUCGAGCACUUUUUGAAAUACGGUGGACCAGACGGCACGCCUUUAGCACCGGAUGUGAAGGACGAGAAUGGAUAUACCCCACUCCAUGCAGCAGUCUCCUACUCCAACAUCCAAAUCAUCAAAAUGCUCGUCACCCAGUACAACGCCGACGUGAACGUGACCGACAACGACGGCGACACGCCGCUGCACGUGUGCGAGACUGUGGAGGCGGCGGAGUGUCUGAAAGAACUGGGCGCGGAUAUGACGAGGGAGAAUGACGAGGGGAAGAAGGUGCGUUCCGGGAGAGGGGUAAUGGAUAGCGGGUGUUGGCUGCUGGGAUGGUGGAUGGGUUGCUUACAGGCUGGUGGUUUGCUUGUAGCCGAUCGAAACGGCGUAUGCCGAAGAACUUGA